AUGAAAUUUGCACAAUAUCUAAAAGAUACCCAGACCCCUGAAUGGAAGAAAGCCUACAUCGACUAUCGCGGGCUGAAGAAAAAAAUCACCGCCAUCCGACGCGCACAACAGGGCCAGCAGUUCAACAUCGACACCGAGUCGCCAGAUGAGGCUGGAAGCCAGACUCCCGACGCCCCGCCAGCAACUCCUCGCCCUUCCUUCAGUUCGUCGGUGCCCACGGAGGGUGUACAUGUAACCCCCAGACCACCGACAAGGGAGAGAUCUGAAUCGACAGCGGUUCAGUCGCGCCCUGUAACGCCUCGGAACAAGAAAGGACUGACUAUUUCGACGAGCGGGAUUCACCACAACGAAUCGGCCAUCGCGGACAGUCCGUCUUUCACCAGGAGAAACACUGCAAAAACCGAUGAGAUCGCUCAUAGCACUGGAGUAGAUGGGCAUACAAUGCCUGAGCUCCCUCGGCGUCCUUCGUUGUUCUCGCGUGGUUCUUUUUCGGUGGCGAGGAGUAUCUCUAGUCGUGGCGGUAUAGCUGGACUAUACAACAAUGAUAACGUCCGGCCUCUCAAACCGAUGCCAAUACACGAGCUUAUGACCCACCUCUCACCGCCAGAGGUUGCAUUUUUCAUUUUACUGGACGCACAGCUGGACAAGGUCGAAGAUUUCUACACGAGCCAAGAGAAAGAGGCACUGGAGAGGGGACGUAUGCUACAGGAGCAACUGGCGGAAUUGAAGGAGCAUAGACGGCUAUUCCUGGCCGCCCGUGCCAAGGUGCCUUGGGCUGCUGCUCUCGCUGCAGCGUUCCGGCCGAACAGGAAGCAACUCAAAGUUACGAGGACCAUGAGUUUACAAGAUGAUAAUAAUAGGCCACCCAAGCGGUCGUCUAAAUCGGUUAUUGACCGACUGUGGACGUCCCUCAAGUCGCUUCAGCAGUCAACAAACACAAGCCUUCGCCGGGAACCUUCCCAGAUCUCCAGUCCCUGCGAUAUCCAUGAUGCUGAAGAGAAGUUCGAUCCUACGCGCCUCUCACCCCCGGUCGGCAAUCAAGACAAAGUUUCAGAGAGUGGGAUUCGCUUCGCCGACACUAGGAGUACAGCCUCUGGUGCUUCUCCGCCCCGUUCACCGCUAUCGCCGUCGUUUGGACCUGGUGCUGACAACUAUCUCUACGCGAAGCGAAAGCUGAAGAAGGCUGUCAUGGAGCAUUACAGGCAUCUGGAACUGUUGCACAACUAUCGCGUUCUCAACCUCACCGGCUUCCGAAAGGCGCUGAAGAAGUUUGAGAAAGUUACCAGGAUCCCGGCUCAGGACCAGUAUAUGGCGGAGAAGGUGGAAAAGAGCGGGUUUGCUUCCGAUAAGACUUUGAAGCAGCUGAUGAAGGAGACGGAGGACAUGUUCUCCAUUUCCUUUUUCCAUGGAAAUAAGAAAAAGGCUAUGAAGCGCCUACGAGGUGGUACUCGCGUCAAGAGUCACCAUUUCAGCACCUAUCGGUCUGGGUUCUUGAUGGGACUGGCUAUCCCGGCUGUCGUCUCUGGCUUAUUCCAUGCCUUCCAAGAAGAAACGAUGGAAGCUAUGCCAGGUUGGGAAGCACUCAUGAUGGUCUACGCGAUUUUGUUGGUUCCUACGCUGUUCGCUACCGUCGUUGGUCUCAAUCUCUUGGUGUGGGCACGGUCCAGGAUCAACUACGUCUUUAUCUUUGAGCUCAAUGUCGCCACUUGUCUUGAUUACCGGGAAUACUUCGAGAUUCCGACCAUACUUCUGUCCCUGUUGGCGUACGCUUUCUGGCUAUCAUUCACGAUGGUUGGAUAUCCAACAAUCUCACCGAGUUUAUGGCCUCUGGUCUGGUUGGGUGCUGUUGCGCUAGUGAUGUGGAAUCCCCUUCCCAUCUUCUUCCGUCCCUCACGCUACUGGUUGACACGAAUGGUCGGACGGCUCUUCCUUUCUGGUACAAGGCGCGUCGAGUUCACAGACUUCUGGCUCGGCGAUCAAUUCUGCAGUUUGGUGUUUACACUUUCGAACAUGUACUUCUUCGGAUGUGUCUAUGCGGAUGGCUUUACCUCAGAAUGGAAGAAGUGUAGUUUGGAGUCGAAAUAUUGGCCGGUUGCCUACAUUCUGGGAACCCUUCCGUUUAUUAUCCGUUUGGUGCAGAGUAUCAAGCGUUACUUUGAUUCUGGGCUUGCGACGCACUUGAUAAACGCUGGUAAAUACGGCUCGGGCAUCUUGAUGUUCCUGUUCUAUAAUCUGUGGAGACACCAUGUAUCGUACGCGAUCUAUUCUCUCACUUGGGACUUCCUGAUGGAUUGGUCCGUGCUGCGACUCCGCUCGCCCCACGUUCUCCUUCGCCCGGAUCUUGUCUACUCUAAUCACGUUUCUUUAUAUUAUCUCGCUAUAUUAUCCAAUAUCUUAUUACGGUUUACAUGGGUCAUCUACCUGCCCUCGGAGGGCCCUGAUAUGUUCCUCAGGACGUUCAUUGUGGCCAUUCUCGAGAUGCUCAGGAGAUGCCAGUGGAACUUUUAUCGAUUGGAGAACGAACACCUCGGUAACAUGGAUCAGUACCGUGUCACGAGGGAAGUUCCUCUCCCGUACCUCUUCGAUGACCCUCACCAAGACGACCGCGAUGAGGAUGACGAUGAAGAUGCCAAGAACUGA